CACUAUUUUAGCGUCAUCAGAGAGCGCCGGGAGUCAGCGGAGGAGGAGGAAGAGGGUUUCCAGCAAUGGCCCAACUCAGCUCCAUUGUGGCAGUAGCUGCUGCCAUUCUUACUGCCAUGAUCUUCUCCUCUGUACACAAGGUGGAAGAGGGCCACAUUGCUGUUUACUACAGGGGUGGAGCAUUAUUAAAGGCAACGAGUGGUCCAGGAUUCCAUCUCAUGCUGCCCUUUAUCACCACUUUCAAAGCUGUACAGAAUACAGUGCAGACAGAUGAAGUAAAAAAUGUCCCUUGUGGCACAAGUGGUGGUGUCAUGAUCUACUUUGACAGGAUUGAAGUGGUGAAUUUCCUCAUUCCAAGUGCAGUGUAUGACAUCGUGAGAAAUUACACAGCAGACUACGACAAGACUCUCAUCUUCAACAAGAUCCAUCAUGAGCUGAACCAGUUCUGCAGCGUUCACACUCUGCAGGAAGUCUACAUUGAGCUGUUCGAUCGGAUAGACGAGGACCUGAAGUUGGCACUACAGCAAGAUUUAACAGCCAUGGCUCCAGGUCUGAUCAUCCACGCCGUCAGAGUGACCAAACCCAACAUUCCAGAAACCAUUCGCAGGAACUACGAGUUAAUGGAGAGUGAGAAGACAAAACUACUGAUUGCAGCGCAGAGACAGAAGGUGGUGGAGAAGGAAGCAGAGACGGAACGGAAGAAAGCUCUCAUUGAGGCAGAGAAGGUGGCUCAAGUGGCUGAGAUUAAAUUUGCCCAGAUGAUAAUGGAGAAGGAAACGGAGAAGAGAAUAUCUGAGAUUGAAGAUGGUGUGUUUGUCGCGCGGGAGAAGGCUCGAGCAGAUGCUGAUUUCUACACAGCCCAGCGAGUGGCAGAAGCUAACCGGCUGAAGCUGAGCCCUGAGUAUCUGCAGCUUCUGAAAUACCGAGCGAUCGCUUCUAACAGCAAAAUCUACUUUGGGAAGGACAUCCCCAAGAUGUUCAUGGACCUGAAUGCCUUUCCACCUGGAGGAGUGAGCCAAACAUCAGGGGACCUGAACUCAGCACAUGAGCUUGACAGCACAUUGAAGGAGUUUGAAGGCAGGCUAUAACAAUGUGAAUGGACUGGUGGGUGCAGCUAGGUAGAAAUCACUGUGAGCAAGCUCAAAUUACACUGAGCUGCUUGAAAAAGGAUAUGGUCCACACUCUCUCUCUCAUUUUUAACUCAUUCUGUCCCUUGAACAGAAUUCCUUUUGCUUCCUUUCACUGCAAUCAGGUUGCCACUUGUCCAUUGCUGUUUGAAAUGUACAUCACUUGCAUCAUGACUCAAUGUGAUGAUGGGACCCAGUGAAGUCCGUCCAAGAAUACACCGAGUCCCGUGCAGGACUGCAGCUGCUGCCAAAACUGUGACCAAGUCUCUUGCCCCUGAUUCCAUUAAUAGUUUUGGAAAGUAUGCUCAUGUGUGAGAGACAGAGAGACAACUGGCUGACAUGGGACAUGGAGUGGUGGCAUUGGUACUUCUUCAAAUGAAACAUGAUGUUCUGUCACCUGGCAUUAUUUCCCGGAGUUGGCUGGUUUAUACCACCGAGUUUGAUCCAUCAGCCUGGUUUUCAAAUGUAUUUGUCAAUGUUCUCUAGCUCCCCUAACAAACACUAAAUAUUGUUCACAUCCCAGCUUCAGGGACAAACACCUUUGCACUGACUUCUCUCAGUCCAAUAUAUGAUUGCAUCCACAACGAGGGAUCAGUGAAUGAUGAAGCAGUUUCUUUUAACUGCUCUGUUUAGUCCCAUUCCCACUGAACCAGCAAUCAAUUUUCUGCUACUUGCUGCCUCAGGCUGAGAGUUGUUUCGUUUCUCUCUGGGCUCCUCAAGUGUUUAAACUAACCAUCCUGACCCCUCCUUUAUGUUUGCUGCAGUGGGUAAUCCUGUGAAACCUUCACACAUAUGGUUGGACCUGAGGUAAACAUAGAGGGGUGACAGCUGACUGGAAUCUAAACCCAUUGUCCUGUAAAAGGGGGUUAACCCCAUGGUUUGAUAGUGACGGUUUCAUUUCAAACCUGAUUUCCUUCAGCACAUGGGGCUCAGCAUCUCCCUGUGAGGUUACACCAUGAAUGCAGCUGACUAUGGGUGGGAGACUGUUCUUCACCCCUCUCGAUGGGGGAGAGGAUUAAAUUUGUUUCACAUGCCUGCCAUGAGGUAAAUUGAAUGGAGUUUUGUGAUGGGGGUUGAAGGAGCUGUCAUGACCUUUAGGGAGUGAUCAGCCGUCCUUGUCUUAACUUUCAGGAAAUCAUUGGCACCAGGGUCUGCUUUGAAAGCAAGAGGAUUGCCAAUGGAUCUCCGAGUCCUGACUCAGAGACCUUGAGGCAUGGCAGUGUCUCCAUUGGCAGAAGGGUAAUGUUAUGUUGUGAUAUGUUCCCAUGGGCAGUUGCUGUGAUACACAGGAAACUCAAAUGGAAAUUGCAAGAAAUAACUGGAAAGAGGAAUUGUGUCUGUCUAGAUAUGUUCAGUCAGUUAUUAGCAGCUGCACCCAGCCAUCCUCGAACGCUGCUUCAUUUGAAACACGUGGUUCCUUUUGAGAAUGUGAAAGGAUCUCUCUGGGUCGAGGGCCACUGAGUUGUCUGCUUUGAUUUGUCCUAAGCUGUCUGCACAUUGCUGAGGGAAACUGAUAUGUUUGUGGUAGCCUGUAUUAUCACAGAGCAUGUGUCAGUGGGACCUGUUGGUUUCAGCACAUCAGCCUUGGGAUCCAGACUGACACCAACUUCUGAUUCUGUUUCUGAUCAACAAUGGGAUUGAAAUUGUGAGAAAUCAGACCCGGUUUGUCUGAGAGGAUUGCUCAGAGAGGAUAAUUGGAUGUGAUCUGGGGUGUGUGAGAGCAAUGUUUCUAGGUUGAGCUCUUGUCCACACUGUGAUCUGAUUUGUUAAUUAUUCCUUGUGUGCAUUGAAAUGUUGAAUUUUUGGGAUAAUUUUUAUUUGUAAAAUCUGCUCCGUUAAUGAUUAAGUGUCCUGAAAACCCCUCAAUAAAAGAAGUGAUGUCUCCA